AUGGAGGAGGUGCGGAAACCCCGCCCCUUAGACCAGUUUUAUGGCGGUGCCUGGGCCCAAGAAGAUGAUGGUGCCUGCAAGGCAGAGAGAGCUGAGGGCGGAGCCACGCCCCUGGGAACCGCCCACCCAGCCCCGCCUCCACCCAGCUGGGCUGAGUAUAAAAAAUCAUGCCUUGAAUUCUCCAAGCUAAGUAUAAAGGAUUCCUUAAGAGAUUUGCUCUUUCCUAAAGUAAAAAUAAUUCUGAUGUUGUAUUCAAGGAAUAAUAUAAACUGUGCCGAACCACUGUUUGAGCAAAAUAACUCAAUUAACAUCCAUUUCAACCCACAGAAGAAAACUGUUUUGAUUAUUCACGGGUAUAGACCAAUGGGCUCUACCCCUACAUGGCUUUAUAGGUUCCGGAAGACUCUGUUGAAUGAAGAAGAUAUCAAUGUAAUAGUAGUAGAUUGGAACCAGGGUGCUACAACUUUCCUUUACAGUAGAGCAGUUAAAAACACCAGAGCAGUUGCUGAGAGCCUGAGUUCAUCCAUUCAAAAUCUUUUGAAUCAUGGAGCAUCGCUUGACAAAUUUCAUUUCAUAGGUGUGAGCUUAGGGGCUCAUAUUAGUGGCUUUGUGGGAAAGAUAUUUCAUGGUCAACUUGGAAGAAUAACAGGUCUUGACCCUGCUGGACCAAAAUUUUCAGGAAAACCAGCAAAUAGCAGAUUAGAUUACACUGAUGCAAAGUUUGUAGAUGUCAUCCAUUCUGAUGCCAAAGGUUUAGGCAUUUAUCAGCCACUGGGACACAUAGAUUUUUAUCCAAAUGGAGGAAAACAUCAGCCAGGCUGUCCCACAAAUCUUUUUUCAGGAAUGGAUUAUUUUAAAUGUAGUCAUCAGAGAGCUGUUCACUUGUUCAUUGCAGCUCUGGAAACAGACUGCAAUUUUGUUUCAUUUCCUUGUCGUUCAUACAAAGAUUACGAGAAUGGUUUAUGUGUGGACUGUGGGAAUGCUAAGAAAGAUUCAUGUCCCAGGCUAGGGAACCAAGCUAAGCUAUGGAAAGAAGGUUUAAAGAAAAGAAUGGAAGGAUGGCCUCUGAGGACCAGUGCAUUUUUGGAUACUAGUGGCCAAAGUCCCUUCUGUACAUAUUAUUUUGUCCUCAGUAUGGUUGCUCUGAAUGAAACUAUGAAGAAUGGCUCUAUUUCAUUUAAGUUAUUAAACAAUCUUGGAACACUUGAAAACCCAAGGAUCUAUGAGAACAGCAAGUCAUUUGAUAACGUUAAAAAAGUCAAGAUCCUUGCUCAAUUCUUAAGUGAUGUUGCGAACAUUUCACGCAUCUAUAUGACAUAUUCUCAUUCCUCAAAGCCCUCCUGUGCCACAUGCAAAUACAGAAUCAAGAGUCUCAUGUUAGAAUCACUUACGUACCCAGAAAGACCACCACUUUGUAAGUAUAAUUUUGUGCUUAAAGAAGGAGAAGCAGUAUCACUUCAACCAGAUGUAUGCAAAACAAAGAUUAUUUAA